AUGUCAAGGGAGGACGGACAGUUGGUUGUGCCCGUGGUGCCCAGAAGCAGCAGCCCAGUCACUGUGUACGUGGAGUUCCCGUGCGUCGUAGAACACGCCUUUUCCACUAUUGCUUGGGAUGAUUUUGAAGAGAGCUCAUCUGUGGAGACGCAGGACAUCAGCCCUGCCUGUAGGGCUACAGAUUGUGAUUCUGAAGAUCAUGUUCUGGAUUAUGUGCAGGAGUUCAGAGCAGAUUCUCCUGGGGACAGCAACCUGUCUCCGGCUGAACUUGUGCCUUUCCAUGGCUGUGUAAUUCCACCACUCACUCCUCAGUCAGACUUCUUUUCAGAGGACAGUGGGUUUAUUCAUGAUGAAGCCAAUGUCCCAGCACAGAACAUAGAGACCUGGGAGGAAAUGUCUCAGUAUCGUGGCUUUGUGCUCGGAUGCUCCGCUGACCAGAACCACAAGCUCCACAAGAUACAUGAGAAUAAACAAGGAGAGACUGAAGAAUAUAAAGAAAGAAACUGUCACUUGAAGCAACUGGCGAGUCGUGCCAAACAUUUGGCUGCAGUAUUAGAGAAACUAACGACUGUCAGUGAACCAAACUUGAGAAAAGCUGUAAUGCCACAUGAGGACCACCCCCCUGCCCUGAGUCCAUGUAAGAGGCAGCGUCUGGAUGAGGGCUAUGAGACAGAGACAGACUUAGUGGACGACAUGCUGAGGGACAUCAGCACUCGCUGUGACGCAAUGCUCCACAGAGCUGCAAUCACAGGCACAAGGCAGAGUGAAGACAACAGCAUCCGCACAUUUGGCUCUUUCUCAGGACUACAGACCUGCUUUUCAAACACCAGUGAAAAGACUGAGGCAGAGAAGGGCUCUUCAUUUAAAGUCUCUGUCAGAGAACAUGGCACCAUCAAAACACAGGUGUUUGCUCACGGACAUGCGUUUACAACAAGGACUCAGAGAGGAGGAUACUGCUUUCGAUGGGUUCCUAAUCAAAGCUGA